AUUUCCUUUUUGUUUCGGCUAUACUAUACUGCAGUUGGAUAUGUUACUAGUUUCAGUUAAGAAGUAAAGACAUCCACAACCUUUGACACAAGCAAUGGCUGAUAAAUUGAACACUGUUGAAUCUGAGGAUGAUGAGGAGUGUUGGAUGCGUUUGGAAGACCACAGAAUGCUUCUUAUCAAGACCAUUGAGCCUUCGCGAAUAAUCCCAUACCUGAGACAGUGUAGAGUGAUUAACAGUGAGGACGAGGAACAAAUUUACAAUGAUCCGAGUUUGGUCAUUAGACGGCGAAAAGUAGGUGUACUGCUAGAUAUCUUACAAAGGACAGGUUAUAAGGGUUAUGUGGCAUUCCUUGAGAGUUUGGAACUGGACUACCCUCAGCUUUAUCAGAAAAUUACAGGCAAAGAGCCAUCGAGGGUCUUCUCAAUCCUUCUGGAUACCGCAGGUGAGUCAGGAUUAACUCAGUUUCUAAUGAAUGAGGUGACUCGGCUCCAGAAAGAGCUCCAUGAGGAACGCAAAGCAAGGCUGGCAGCUUCUGCACAAAUGGCUGAGCAUGCUGAAACCAUUCGCAGACUGCAGACAAGAGAAUGUGAGGUUCGCAAACAGCAAGAGCGUGUACAGCGCAUGAGGGAAGAACGUGACCAAAUGUGGGACAAAGCACGGCUCUUAAAGGAUGAGAAUUACAAGCUGAUGAGUAACAUGAACCGACUGAGCGAGGAGAAGAACUGUGCUCUCAUGUGUAAUCGUGACCUGCAGCUGGAGAUCGAGAGGCUGAAGCACAGCUUAAUGAAUGCUGAGAGCGAUUCAAAGCUCCAACGGAAACGUACAAUUACCCUGAAAAAUGCUAUGGAGCAGAGGCCUAGCCAAGAAAUGGUGCUAGAGCUUCAAAAAGAGAAUGAUCUUCUCCGAGCUCAAAUGCAGGAGCUUCAGAGCUCUUCCCAGGCUCAAAUUGUGAAAGAAGAUAUUGAGAAGCCCACCAAUGAAUCAAUGGAAGAUUUAAAAGAGCAAAGGGAGGCGCAUCAAGAGCUAGUCAAUAAGUUUUAUGAAUUACGCAGGGAGCUACACGACGCUGAAGAACUACGAGAUAAGUACCUGGAAAAGAAGGAUGAACUGGAACUAAAGUGUGAGAUUUUAAAGAAAGACUCAAAAAUGUAUUGCAAUCGCAUGGAGGACAUUUUAAAACAGCUGGAUGAAGUCAUUAAAGAAAGAGACAAGGCAAUUUUAUCACGAGAGGAGUACCAUCAGGAGAACUGUAAAAACCUUCAGGACAAGGACAAUUACCGCAAGCAGCUCCGAGAGAUGGGCGAGCGUUACGACGAGCUACAGGUCCAGUUGUUUCGCACUCAAGGAGAAAUUCUUGCUCUUCAAGCAAAACUCCGGAAACAGAAACAUUACCACAAAACAAUACUGACCACAGAAGGAAACUCUCCUUGGAGCUCAGUGGAGUUAAAAAGCCAAACGAGUGAGGAGGAUUUCAAAGAGAGAUAUGAGAAAGGUAUUAGUGAUGAAUCCCAAAGUCCAACAUCAGGGGAGUACAGUGUAUGCAUAAGUAUUAAAGACCCGUGUACGUCAGACGCCAAGGAAGAAAGCUUUCGGGAGAGGAUUUUCACUGAGGAGGAACUAUCCUCCAGCAACCCACCCAGGCCAAGGUGCAAUUUUUAUUACAGAAGGAAACGUGCCUUGAGAACAAAAGCCACUGUUAAAGAAUGUGCUAAAGAGUGCACACAAUGUGUUCUCGGCAACUCCAGUGGGAGUGAUAACACCGACACAGAUGGGAUUUGAUAUAAGCCCUAUCGGGAUGAAGCUCACAUCACCCUUCAGAAAAGAAUGAAGACUAUUGUUGUUGCUAUUUUUAUCAUUUUGUUAUUGUAUUAUUAUUAUUAUUAUUAUUAUUAUUAUUAUUAUUAUUAUUAUUAUUAUUAUUAUUGCUUACCUUCAAAACUUUAGAGUGAAACAUGAAGUUUAUAGACCUAUAUGGUCUAUCCUAAAGCAAUCUUAUCCACUGAAUUUACACAUAUUGAAUAUUUGCUGGAGUGUCACUGGUCCAGAUUCGAUAAAUAGAAUAAAACAUUAACAUACAACACAAAUAGGAAAUGCUUGUGAACACAGAGUGUCGGUUAGAUUUUCCUGGUCUGUCACAACUAGAAGAAACCACUGAUCUCUAUAUGAUUAUUGUCUGAAGAUCCAUUAAACCUCCAUACUGAA